AUGGACGUGACCGAAUCAUCCGAACCGACCCCUUCCUUCUCUCACCUCUUGGGCCUUCUUCUAGAGGCAAUCACUGCCUACCUCCUCGUUAGAGCCCCGUUCCUUCCUGAGCUAUCCUGUCCAUCCACUCAUCAGCGCCGGCGCCCCCUUUCCCCCAAUUAUAUUCGCAUGAUAAUAAACCUGCUUCUGACCUCUCUCUCUCGUCCUGGCUUCUUCUUCUUCCUGUGUAUGCGUAUUUGCGACGACUUCACUCGCAACCUUCUCUUCCUCUGCUUCCGCAUUCUCGAGAAGUAA